AUGAUCGAAUCAGAGAGUGUUGCACCAGGAUCGUUGAAAGGUGUAUUAUCUGGAAAGCACUACAACCGCUGCGUAAGAGCUCAUAAAAUGAUCUAUGAGGCAAUGGAAAGGUUGCGCUUCCAAGCCUUCGAGAAAACUUUGUCAACAUUGGAAAAAGGUGAUAUCCACGCGAUCGAUAUCAAUGUGCAAGAAGGCAAAGAGAGACGAAAGUUUAUGGAAAUCUGCGCUAGCGACAAAGUCACCGAUAUGAAAAUGUUGUACGACUUGUUUAUCGAAAAACAAUGUGAAGAAAAUCCCUUAUUUGCAUUCUGGUCCAAGUACAUCGAGAUGGUACAGCUACUUGGGGCUUCGGUGGCCAAGCUAGUGGUUAGCGCACUUGCCUUUCACCUAUGGGGCUUCGGUGGCCAAGUGGUUAGCGCACUUGUCUUUCACCUCUGAGGCUGCAGGUUCGAGUCUCACUAAGUACCUUCUCAAUGCGACUCGAACCCAGUCCCCAUGUGAAAAGAGUAAAAGUCAACGCUCUGCCGAAAGCCGUGGGUUUUCCCCGGGUACUCCGGUUUCCUCCCACAGGGAAAGUUGACAGGGUGGGUUAGGUAAAAGGGCCCACAGUAAUUGGAAUAUGCUGUUGUGGUGACCCUGCCCUAGUUGGCAAAAGCUAAAUAAAUAAAUACUUCUACUUUAUGUCAGAGCGACAAGAACAUCGGACUGGACACUAUACCUGAGUUCAUUACGUUCCAUGAUUCCCUGGUUUUUUGCAACAGUUCGGGUAAAUUAUUCCCGCUAUGCACCGUGUUAUUGGCUUGAGAUGAUGUGCCUCGAUGAAACACACCCCUGUAAGUGUACCGGCAAUCCCUUAAUUCAUUUCCGCUCCUUUAAUUUGUUGCUACAACUAUACUAGCUAUUACAUUGGACUCCAAUGCCUUCGAUUUUACAGCGUGUCGAAGAACGAACCUUCUAAUGUAUUCAGUAAUGCUAAAUUUCCCAUAAUGGAAUGUUUAUGAUACGUAUUUUUCUUUUUUAUAUGCUUGUUACUAAAGUUAAUUGUGGCCGCAAGCAUUACACAGAACUGGACCGUACAAAGGCAAGAUGAAUAUGGAUUCUCAAGUGUGGCAUGUGAUCAAACAAUUGAACAGACACUGAAUAGGUGAGAAUUGCUAUGCAAUAAAUAUCUUAUAUAUACAGUAUAUUAGUAUAUUAGUAUGCGCGCUAAAUGGGUAUUUAUAUGUGUAUUAUUUUUUGUAGAGAUUCAAAAAUGAAAGGGGGGAUGGUGGGGAUGACGCUGAACAAAGGAGCUGUCCACCGUUGGUUAAUGGGGCAAGCGGAGAGGAGUGCUAUUACCAAACAGUGUGAAGCCAUGGCAAACGUAACUGAAGUUACAAGGUAAUUCAAUUUUACAUUAUUAGUAUUUAUCUCCCUUUUAAAAGUUUCAACGAAUGCGAGCUUUUCACAAAACGUUAAUUUAUCAUUUAGGUUAAGAAAGAAUUUGGACAAAACGCGGAUAGAAGCAGAUGAGAAAGCAGUAGAGGAUGUUACUAAAACAAUAAAAUCAAUGAUCAAUCCUUUUGCGAAUGAGCAUGAUGAACUGGUGCAUUUGACAAGCGGAACUAUUGCCCCACUUGAAGUUGCGGAAGACAUGAAAACUAUGUUGCAGAAAGGUGAAACUACUGCAGUUGAAUUCAUGAAGACGCACAUCAUUGGAUCUGAACCAAACAUAUAUUCAGCGUUAAAGAAAACAAAGUUGCAAACAUAUUCCGUUGUUGGUAAGAAGGUCACGAGCAAAAGCAAGAAAGGAUAA